AUGGACCACGGGGAUGAGCUUUGCAGAAUUGCCUAUGUCCGGCCUUCUCCGACUUAUGGAACGUACGCUGAAGACCAGUCCUUCCUGGAUUUCAUGGAGAAUUUAGCAAAAGAACAGAUGCCGCGGUUGAAUCAAUCCACUCAGCAAGAAUGUGUACCUCAGGAGGAGACCGUAAGCCCGGCGGUCAAGCUCGCGAUGGAGAAACGCUUGAGUAAGAAUAGAGUUACCGGUAAUAAGUAUGAGUCCUCGAGGUCCAAUCGUUCGUACGGAACAAGAUCUCAACGGCCGGCACCUUCAUCAGAAAAUCGGAAAGGCACCAGUGGAACUGGCAGUAAUAGUAACAGACAUGCCAAGGCGGAUUCCGCAUCUUUCAACUCAGGCUCUCCCAGCAUGCGGAAAUCGGACGACGGACGCCAGGGACAGGAAUCCGAUACAUACAAACCAGCUGUACUACGCAGAACUGGGCCCAGAAGAAAUGGGGAUGGAUACGCGGACCGCAACGAUCAACGUAAAGGUGACUGA